CCCAUAAUGCACCUCCUCCUUAUAUUCCCACCAUCCUUUGCGGCGGCGCAGUGACAGAACCCUCUCCUCCGGUCAAGAUGGCGGACAGACCAGUUCCCGUAGUUGAUAAGCGCCUGAUGGAUGUGAAGCUGGGCGAGCUGGGCACCUGGCUGGGAGGCCGAGACUUCACGCCCAACGGCCUCAUCUCAGCCGUCCGCAGGGGCCACGACAGAUACUACAACAAGUACAUCAAUGUGAAGAAAGGAGGCAUCGGUGGUCUGGCGAUGCUGUUGGCCGGCUACGUGGUCCUCAGCUACGUGUGGGAAUACGAUCACAUCAAGCAUGACCGCUGGAGGAAGUACCACUGAGGCCCGACGGCAGCCAUCACGCCUCCUGUUGGCUCGUCCUGUUCUUUCUACUCGGUUCUGUUCAUAUGUGACCAAUAAAAUAAACAUUAAAGCUGAA